GGCGGGGCCCGGGGCCGCCUCCUGGAGGCCGCGACCACGCGCGAAGUUGGCCGGGAAAGAAACCGGAACCUGUUAGCCGGCGGUGGCAGUUUCCAAACCGAGCUUGGGUCUGAAGUCAAAGGCGGCCACGCUGAGAAGCCUGCUUCCGGCAACUGCUUGUCCCACCGGCGACUAUGAGACAAAAGCACUACCUGGAGGCUGCGGCUCGGAAACUGCACGCUAGCUGCCCGGGCCAAGCCCGCUAUCUCCUCUGGGCCUACGGUUCGUCGAACGAUGCUAAGAACGCUUUUGAGGAAACAUGUCCAUACUGUUGCCAGUUGCUGGUGUUGGAUAAUGCUCGAGUGCGGCUCAAACCCAAGCCCAAACUGACACCCAAAAUACAGAAACUUCUUAAUCGAGAAGCAAAAAAUUAUACUCUCAGUUUUAAAGAAGCAAAAAUUGUGAACAAGUACAAAGACUCCAAAAGUGUAUUGAACACCUCCAUCUGGACAGUCAACACCCACCUUCUCUUCCUCAAAGAAUAUGAGAAAAACAAAGAAACAUUUCUCGCAACUAAAAAUGCUGCUUAGUCAGCAAGAAUCCCAAAAGACUCCAAAGAUGGACUUCAGAAAUUUCUUGUCUUCUCUGUAAAGGAUGGAUUUUGAAAAUAAGAAAUAUCUAAUGGAAUUUCUGAAACUAAAGCUAAUCAGAAAAACAAUAUUUUUUUAAUUUUAUUUGUUCUUUGACUACAUGAAUACUAGGUCCAAGAGCAACUUUUCUUAGUAUCCUUCAGUGUUUAUGGGGAAGAUACCUCAUUGGAAUGAAUUACUGAAACCUGCUUACUUUCCAGUCAGUGUUAAAAGAAAUAUAUGAGUGGUCCUUGGAAGUUGUAAAGAUACAUAUGGAUAUAGAGUGGUAUUCUUACAUUACCCUCCCUUAAUUAGAAGUUUUCAUUUAUGUCAUUUUCUUUCUAAGGAAAUUGAGACCUUUUUGAGAGUCUUUCACAAGACUAUGAACUUGUGAAGCUUUCUUCUGGGUAUCUACAGCCUUCUUGCUAAUUCAGAAAAAGGAUCAAGUGUAUGUGUCCUUAUGUUCCCACAGUCAUCUGCAUAACUGUAUCAUUAAGAUCUGAACAGUAUCCCUAGUACAAAGUAAAUAUCUGGGACAUUCUUGAUUAUGUAUGAUUUAAUAAGUACAGAAAUUUCUAUUUUUUACAAUUUUCUAUUGUUCCUACAGUAAUAUUUCACCUUAAGUGACAUUUUAAUUUGCUCUGGUGAAGACUUCUAGAUCUAAAAGUUAUAUCAACACAACAUAGUAACAGUUUCACUAUCUUAAAUCUUUUUUGGAACACAGUUAUACUUUUUUUUUUUAAUGAGAAGCUAGGGUUGUAUUCAACCUAUCUUUUAAAAAGCUCUUUAAGUAAAUGAUUUAGAUAAUUUGAACUAUAAUCUGUUUCCAAGCCUCUCUGCUUCUUAAAAGUUUCAAACAAAUUUUCUUUCAUUCGGGUUUGGCAAACGUUGACACACCAAGGUUAAGCAGUUGGUUUUAUGUUAGUGUGAAGUGAAGUAAUGCUGCCUGGUGUCAGCACCAGAGAGGGAUGGUGAGGGCCACCAUUCUGAAUAUCUUUAGACUAUUCAGGGGCCAGGCCUUACAUUCAUAUCCACAGCAUCUUGUUCAAUGUCUAGGUCAUGUCAGAUGCUUUACCUUUUUGUCUAACUUCUCAUAAAACCUGUUUCUCUGAAACUGUCUUGCUCCUCAGCUUGCUUACUCCUCUCCCUGAUCACCAGAGGUCACAGAACAUCUCAUUUUCUCUCCAGUGUUUGGCCUUUACACAUGAUUUUCCUUUAGGACUCAUCUCAGACAUUGCCCCUGACCCCAACCCCACAGUAUGGUGGCCCUGUUGUUUCCUGUUUCUCAUUGCCUCCUCAACUGCAUGUGAGCUUUUUCAGGCUCAGGGGAUCUCACUUUUUUGUCUCAUCACCUAGUUUGUUACUCAGCAUGUGGCAUAUGUUCUGUAAAUAUUCCUAAACUACUGCAUUUAAAUUUGAAUUCCACCUGCUGCACACUAGGUUUAGAAAUAAAGUCUUUUCUGGUCAGUGACUGGAAAGCAGAUGAAAGGUGUAGCAAAAAUAGGAACUUCUAGGUGGGGAGCUGCUCACAUUACCUUAAUUGCCAAUAAAGACAAUGAAUUCUUGAUUGUUUCUGUUCUGUUUGGCAGAGGGUCUUUGGGCAUCUCUAAAGAGAAUGUUAGAAUUAUAGUGUGGAGCUAAAAGUGUAAAACUCUUAAGAGGGAAAGAGGAAUAAAUAUUCAUAACCUUGGAUUAGGCAAUGAUUCCUUAGAUACGACACCAAAAGCACAAGCAACAAAAGAAAACAGAUACACCAGACAUUAUCAAAAUUUAAAACUUGUGUGCUUGAAUGAACACCAAGAAAGUGAAAAGACAACCUACAAAAUGGCAGAAAAUAUUUGUGAAUCAUAUAUCUAAUAAGGCAUUUCUACCUAGAAUUAUAAAGAACUUUUAUAACUCAAUAAUGAAAAGACAAAAAAUGGAUGAAGGAUCUGAACAGAUAGUUCUCCAAAGAAGCUAUGUAAAAGGCCAAUAAUCACAUCAAAAGAUGCUCAAUAUUACUAGUCGUUAAGGUAAUGGAGGUCAAAACUACAAGGAGAUAACACUUCACCCACUAGGGCAGCUAAAGGGAAAAAUACAGUAGCAAAUGUUGAUGAGGAUGUAUAAAAAUGAGGUUUAAUAACAGUACCUACCUCAUGAAGAUGUGAGGAUGCAAGGUGAUGGUACACGAAAAACACCUAGAAGAGUAGAUGGUAUACUGAAGUGCUUAACCAAUUUGUGCUAUUAUCACCAUCAACAAAUCUAAAAUAUAAAUAUCAACUCUGAUAAUAACACCACUAAAGGAAUAGAGCAAUAAGAGACUAUGGUGGCUGUCCUUUGAAUAUAUUCCACUAAUGACUAUGCAAUUUGUUUUGGGGUAUUUGUAAUUAUUUUUUAGUUGUGAUUAUAUCAGUACUUGUCCAAUAUAUCUUUAGCCCAGGUGUUUAAGUUCAUGUUCAACUCAAGGCAGUAUGCUGUUCUAACAAGUGAUGGACUUACUUUGGUGGCUAUUUUCUCCUACAAUCCUUUCUUGAGAUGGCAUGUAGGUACUGGAGGUUGGUCUGAUCUAUGAAUUCACUUCAUGAAAUACGGAAAAUCCAAGUGGUUCAAUGUCCAAUGUUAUGCUCAAGAAGUCUUUCCAGGCUCAGUUUGGUCCUGCUGUAAUGACUCAACGCAAGAUUUAUAUACACAAGUUUCUCUGAAAUAAUUCCAACUGUCUUUUACUUUUCUCAAGGAUAGAAAUUGAAGCAACAGUUUUGGAACUGAUGUAUUUUUUAAUAAACUGGGCAUCCCAAAAUGUUGGUUAUAAAUCUUGAGUACAAUUAUCAAUUGUCAUCAAGGUUAACAGACAAAAGAGAACGUAAUAGUACAGGUGUUUAAAGUAUACAGCAUUCGAUACAUUCAUCUUUAUUAAGUCUUUUUAAAACAACUAUGUCCUUUUAUGACAACUUUAAAAUAUAUCUUUUCAGACUUACCAGUUUUUUAUUUUAGAGAACAUUUUCUCACUAAUUUUAAUAUACAGCUAGAAGGGGUGGAGACAAGACGGUGGACUAGUCAGAUGCACUAAGCCAUCCUGCAGCAGCAAAGACCCGAAAAACCAAGGAAAACAGAUAAAGAUGUCAGUCCUGGAACCCUGAACCUUAAAUGAAGGGAUAAAGUACUAGAUCAGAAGACACUGAGGAAAUGAAACCAACAGAAAAAGGCAAAGGAGCAGAGAUACGGAGUGCAGGUUCCUGCCCAAAUAGGAUGACACAGUAUAGCUAUCUUGGAAUAAAGCCAACAACUCCACAUGAAGACAGCAGGAAGGCACCUUCAAGGAAUUGCCAACAGGAACUAGUGCCGGGCCACAGGCCCUGCCACCUGGACAAGGUGGUGAGACGUAUUAUACCCACAGAUGAGCAAGUAACAAAGCAUGCCCGGCCCGCCUGGGCAGACAACCAAACCAAACAAAAAAGCACGCCAAAAAAAACUAACCUACAAUCAAUAAAUAAUAGCUGAAUGUUUCAGAGACAGCAGAUAGUACCACGACAUAUUAAAAAAAACAAAAACAGGACAAGGUGGCUCCAGUAAGUGACCAAAAUAAAGCACCAGAUGACCUUCCAGGAAAAGCAAAGGCACUGGAAAUACCUGGAUAGGGAAUUCGAAAGUCUAAUAUUGAGGGCUCUCCAAGAGAUUAGGAAAGAGAUCAAGAAAAACACAGACAAAACUAAGGAAAAAAGAGACAAAAUCAUGGAAAACACACAAAACUGACCAAAGUAAAGCCAAAAUGAAGGAAAACAAAGACAAAGCAACAGAAGAAUUCAGGAAAAUAAUACCAGGACUAAAUGUCAAAAUAAUUAGAUUUCAUACAAAAACAGCAAUUAGAAAUUCAAAUGAUAAACAGAAUAUCAGAAAUGGACAACGUAAUACAAGGUUUUAGGAACAAAUUUGAAACAAUGGAAGACGGAAUCAGCAAAAUUGAAGACAAAUCCAAGGCUGCCACUUUGUUUCAGAAACAAUCAGAGAAAAAAAUAAAGAAAACUGAAUAACUAUAUGAGAUACAAUCAAGAGCAUAAAUGUGCAUAUGAUUGGAGUUCCACAGCAGGGGUAGAAAAUGGAAAACACAUAGAGAAUCACUGAAGAUUUGCUGACAGAAAACUUCCCUAAUAUCAUGAAAGAUGAAAACCUGUCUAUGCAAGAAGCUCAUCAAACCCCAUAUAGGAUAGUUCCCCCAAAUAAGUCACCAAGACAUAUAAUAAUUACACUUCCCAAAACCAAAGACGAAGAAAGAAUACUGAGAGCAGCUCGAGAAAAACGAAAAGUCACAUACAAAGGGGAAACAAUAAGACUGAACUCUAAUUACCUGACAGAAACCAUGCAGGCAAGAAGGAAUGGGAUGACAUAUACAAAACCUUGAAAGAAAAAAAUUGCCAACCAAGAAUAAUAUAUCCUGCAAAACUCUCUCUCAAAUAUGAUGGCAAAAUGAGGACAUUUCCAGAAAAACACAAAUUAAGGAAAUAUGUAAAAACCUAACCAAACUUACGAGAAUUAUUAAAGGGAAUCCUUCGGUUAGAGAACCAACAACAUCAGACGACAACCUAAAUACCGUCUUAGGUAAUGAACUCUCAAGAAUAAAAUAAGACUACAUUACUGGGAAUCAACAAGGUCAAUCUGUAAAUGAAAACAAUGUCAAAACAACAAAAGGGGGAAUAAAUGUUAUAGGUAAAGAACUUUCAAAUGGAGAGGAAGUCAAAGCAAUAUCAAGUAUUAAAAGACUGGUUCAAACUUAGAAAGAUAAGGGUAAAUUUCAAGGUAACCACAAAGAAAGUUAACAAACCUACUCAUCAAAAUAAAGAAGAAAAACAAAGUCUCAGUAAACACAAAAUGUAUAAAAAUGAAAGAAACAUAAAGAAAUUCCACAAACAAAAGGAAUUCAGCACAGAAGAGUAAGAGGAACAAAGAAAACGCCAGCACCACUGUUAUGGAUUGAACUGUGUCCCCCCAAAACAUUUGUCAACUUGGCUAGGUCAUUGUAAUGGGUUGGAUUAUGUCCAUCCAAAAAUGUGCGUAAUAACUUGCUUAGGCCAUGAUUCCCAGUAUUCUGUGGUUGUCCUCCAUUUUCAUUGUAAUUUUAUGUUGAAGAGGAUUAAGGUAGGAUUGUCACACCACCCUUACUUAGGUCGCCUCCCUGAUCCAAGGUAAAAGGAGUUUCCCUGGGGUGUGGCUUCAAAAGAUAAAAGGAAGGGGAAGCACGCAGCGAGUUGGGGACCUCAUAUCACCAUGAAAGCAGUACCAGGAGCAGAGCACAUCCUCUGGACCUGGGGUCCCUGUGCCUGACAAGCUCCUUGACCACGGGAAGACUGAUGACAAGGAAUCUUCCUCCAGAGCCAACAGAGAGAAAGAUGUCCCCAAGUCCGUGGGUCAAGCUUCUCCUGACGCACAGAGCCACAAGGGUUGGUGAACCCAAGAUCGGCAGCUCAGAGAGCAGGGCUUUGUUCACAGGCUGUGAAGAUUGACGAAUCCCCAAGAUUGGCAGGCAAGACCACAGGUAAGCUGCUAGCUGAAGUUCCAAGAACCGGAGAUUAGAUGAACAGGAGCCAGCUGCAGAAUGAGCAAAAGCCCCAAACCUUGCCAGAACAUCCACUCAUUUUCAAUGCAGGCCACACACCCAAGGAAAGUCCCUUUCAACUCACUGGUUACUCACAACAGAGCCCAUCAUGGAGGUGAUCACAUAGUAUCAAAUCUCAUCAUGGAAGUGAUCAUACCAUCAUACAACUAUCAAAUCACUGAGGAUCAUGGCCCAGCCAAGCUGACACACAACUUUAACCAUUACGCUCAUCAAAAGACUUCACCAAAAGAGUAAAGAGAGAACCUAUAGACUAAGAAAUCUAUAGGAAAAUCCAACACCUCUACAACAAAAAGCCUAAUAAUCCAUUUAAAAAUUGGGCAAAGGAUAUGAACAGACACUUCACCAAACAAGACAUUCAGGCGGCUAAUAGACCCAAGAAGAAAUGAUCACAAUCAGCAGCCGUUACAGAAAGGCAAAUCAAAACUACAAUGAAAUACCAUCUCACCCCCACAUUACUGGCACAAAUCAAAAAAACAGAAAAUAACAAAUGUUGGAGAGGUUGUGGAGCGAUUAGAACUCUUAUGCAUUGCUGGUAGGAAUGUAAAAUGGUACAACCACUUUGGAAAAUGAUAUGGUACUUCCUUAAAAGGCUAGAAAUAGAAUACCUUACGAUCUAGCAAUCCCUUGCCAAGGAAUAUAUCCUAUAGAAAUAAGAGCCAUCAUAAGAAUAGACAUAUGCACACCUGUGUUCACUGCAGCAUUAUUCACAAUGGCAAAACGAUGGAAACAACCUAAAUGCCCAUCAGCAGAUGAAUGGAUAAACAAACUAUGGUACAUACACACAUGGCGCACUAUGCAGCAACAAAGAACAAUGAUGAAUCUGUGAAACACUGCACAACAUGGAUAAUUCUGGAGGACAUUAUGCUAAAAGAAAUGUCAAUCACAAAAGGACAAAUACUGUAUGAGACCAUUAUUAAAAACUCAGAAAAAGGUUUACACACAGAAAGAAAUAAUCUUUGAUGGUUACAAGAGAGGGGAGGAGCGGGAAGAAAAAACACUAACUAGAUGAUAGACAAGUAGUAACUUUGAUGAAGGGUAAGACAGUAUACAGUACUGGAGAAGUCAGCACAACUUGACCAAGGCAAAGUCAUAGAAGCUUCAAAGACACAUCCAAACUCCCUGAGGGACCAAGUUACUGGCCCGAGGGUUGAAGACUAUGGUCUUGAAAGACAUCUAGCUCUGUUGGAAUAACACAGUUUAUAAAGAAAAUGUUCUGCAUCCGACAGUGGUUUUAAAAGCCUGUGAGCGGCCAUCUAAGACACAUCUACUGGUCCCAUCCUGGCUGGAGGAAAGGAGAAUAAAGAAAACCAAAGACAAGAGAAAAAUUCGUCCAAAAGACUAAUGGCCCCCAAUUACCACAGCCUCCAACAGACUGAGCCCAGAAGAACUAGUUGGUGCCUGGCUACUACCACCAACUGCUCUGACAGGGAUCACAAUAGAGGGCCCUCAACAGAGUGGGAGAAAAAUGUAGAAUAAAAUUCAGAUUCACAAAGACCAGACUUACUGAUCUGACAGAGACUGGAGAAACCCCAAAAGUAUGCCCCAGACACCCUUUUAACUCAGUACUGAAGUCACUCCAGAAGUUCACCCUUUAGCCAAAGAUCAGACAGGUCUAUAAAACAAACAAUAAACACAUGAGGAACUUCCUUCGUAGUUCAAUCAUGUAUGCAAGACUAAACGGGGACACCAGGCCAAAAGCAAAGGAGAGAAAGCAAGAAGGGACAGGAAAACUGGAUGAAUGAAAACUGGGAACCCGGGGUAGGGAAGGGGAGAUGGUUGAUAUAUUGCAGGGUUGGCAACCAAUAUCACACAACAAUUUGUGUAUUAAUUAUUGAAUGAGAACCUAAUUUAAAGCACAAUAAAAAAAAUACAACUACACAUACCACACACACAUACA